AUGUAUGUAGAAGAGAAGAAUAACCUAAAAACUUACUUCUUGACAUCUAAGCAGAGCGUAUCUUUGACAACUGGCACAUGGACAUCACCAAAUAAUUUUAAUUAUAUUUGUGUAACCGCUCACUACAUUGAUCAGAACUGGAAACUGCAGAAGAGAAUACUCAUGUUUUGUCAAGUUGAAGGUCACACAGGUAUUGCAAUCGAUGAGAAGUUGGUGGAUUUUUUGGAAGAUUGGGUGAGGUGUUCAGCCCAUGUUCUUGCUCUUAUCAUAAAAGAUGCAGUACGACUCUUUAAUGAAUCUGUUAAAAGGAUAAGGUCAGUUGUAAAAUAUGUUCUUGGUUCUCCUUCUAGGUAUGAAAAGUUUAAACAAUGUGCUUCCCUAGCAAAGAUAAAUUACAAGAAAGCACUGAAUUUAGAUGUAUACACUCGAUGGAAUAACACUUACUUGAUGUUAGAAGCUGCUCAAAGAUAUGAAAAAGUUUUUGCAAUGUUAGCACAGAUUGGUAAGGACUUUCAAGAGAGGUUUAUUUUUGAGCAAGACAAGGAAUCUGUUUUACCAAGUGAUGCUGAUAUUGAGGAAGCUAUAACUAGUGAUGAUAUCUUGGAAGAAGUGGUAUUCUUCGAUGCAACUGUCAAUUUUUCUACUUCUACACAAGUCACUACUCAUUCUUUCUUAUGGGAGUUGGUAUUCAUCCAUGAACAAUUAAUUGAAUUUAGAGAAAAUGUAGCAUCAGAUCCAUUUAUUGCACGUAUGUCUCGUCUUAUGUUUGCCAAGUACAAUAAGUAUUGGGGUGUGUACGAGAAAAUGAAUCCUGUUAUGUUUUUUGCUCAAUUGUUGGAUCCAAGAGAGAAACUAAAGGGGCUAAAAUUUACUCUUAACUGUUUGUUUGAGAACAAUUUGUGA